AUGAACAUCAUCGAAACCCUCUUCGGCCGGACGGUGACCCCCGCGGAGCGGCUCCGCCAGCACCAGCGCGCGCUCGCCAAGGCGCAGCGCGAGCUCGACCGCGAGCGCACCAAGCUCGAGCAGCAGGAGAAGAAGCUCAUCAUGGACAUCAAGAAGAGCGCAAAGUCCGGCCAGAUGAACGCGUGCAAGGUGAUGGCCAAGGACCUCGUCCGCACCCGCCGAUACGUCCAGAAGUUCUACCAGAUGCGCACCCAGCUCCAGGCCGUCGGCCUCCGGAUACAGACCCUCCGGAGCAACCAGCAGAUGGCCGAGGCCAUGCGCGGCGCCACUCGUGCCAUGGGCGCGAUGAACAAGGGGCUCAACCUGCCCCAGAUCCAACGCAUCAUGAUGGAGUUCGAGCGGGAGAGCGCGACGAUGGACAUGAAGGAGGAGAUGAUGUCAGACGCGGUGGACGACGUCAUGGACGACGACCUCGAGGACGAGGAGGAAGAGGGCGACAAGAUCCUCAAGCAGGUCCUGGACGAGAUCGGUGUCGAUCUCUCGCAGCAGCUGUCCGAAGCUCCCAAUGGGCUGGCUGUUGCUUCGCCUCUGCUCGAGCCGAGGCAAGCCGUAGCCGUUGGCGCACCCGCCAGUGGGCCAGCGGCAUCAAACGGCGGAGGUACUGCUGGGGGAGACGAUAUGUCGGAUGAGGAUGCGCUGCAAGCCCGACUCGAUGCGCUCCGGAGAGGAUAG